GCGACGCACGGCUGGGCCAAAUUCGCCAACGGCAGGAGACCAAAUCGAUCGAGGCGAUCUUGCGAAGUUCUCGGACAAAUCGAUCGCACCCAUAGUGAUUUAAGCAUUACAUUUGCCCAAGGCGUGAGAAGUGCGAGGCCCGAACGGCUAUGACGCCAAUGCGCAGCUUACGACAUUUAAAGCAAAUUAUUCAUACAUCAUACAGCACGCUUAUGUGAAGAAAGCCAGGAUUUUAGGCUCUCGCCCCGAUCAAGACGAUCUCCCCAUUGCGAAGUUCUCGGUUUCUUUCCGGUUCGCCUGCUCCGUAUGAUUUACCUUUGCGCUACAACAGCGACUUAAACGACCUACGUCGCCUUACUGUGUGCGCGUACGUGUUUGUAGCUGUGAGAUAGUUUUGUCCGCAGCGUACCCGCAAAUAGAAUGCUCGCGAGCACUUACACGCCCUGUGGCGUUCGCCAGGUGGCAGGCCGCACGGUUGCAGUGCCCAGCAGCUUGGUCGCGCCAGUGGCAGUCGCUCGGUCGCUGGGGUUGGCGCCCUACGUCCCUGUAUGUGAGCCUUCUGCGGCGCUUCCGGCCUGCCAGCAGCCUAGCGGGCGUCGUCAUGUUCAGACUGCUGCCACUCUCCGUGCCGACAACCCCAGCUCGGUCGCGCAGCUGGUGCAUCAGAAUGGAAAGGGGAUGAAGGUUAUUAUCGCCGGCGCGGGCAUCGGCGGCCUGGUGCUAGCCGUUGCACUUCUGAAGCAGGGCUUCCAGGUUCAGGUCUUUGAGCGCGACCUGACGGCCAUCCGCGGCGAGGGCAAGUACCGUGGACCCAUCCAGGUUCAAAGCAAUGCGCUCGCUGCGCUGGAGGCUAUCGAUCCCGAGGUGGCCGCGGAGGUGCUGCGCGAGGGCUGCAUCACUGGCGACCGUAUCAACGGGCUCUGCGACGGCCUGACUGGCGAGUGGUACGUCAAGUUCGACACGUUCCACCCGGCGGUCAGCAAGGGCCUGCCGGUGACCCGCGUCAUCAGCCGCCUCACGCUGCAGCAGAUCCUGGCCAAAGCCGUGGAGCGCUACGGCGGCCCCGGCACCAUCCAGAACGGCUGCAACGUGACCGAGUUCACGGAGCGCCGCAACGACACCACCGGCAACAACGAGGUGACUGUGCAGCUGGAGGACGGGCGCACGUUUGCGGCCGACGUGCUGGUGGGCGCCGACGGCAUCUGGUCCAAGAUCCGUAAGCAGCUCAUUGGCGAGACCAAGGCCAACUACAGCGGGUACACCUGCUACACCGGCAUCUCGGACUUUACGCCGGCGGACAUUGACAUUGUGGGCUACCGCGUGUUCCUGGGCAACGGCCAGUACUUUGUCAGCAGCGACGUGGGCAACGGCAAGAUGCAGUGGUACGGCUUCCACAAGGAGCCGUCUGGCGGCACCGACCCCGAGGGCAGCCGCAAGGCGCGCCUGCUGCAGAUCUUUGGCCACUGGAACGACAACGUGGUGGACCUGAUCAAGGCCACGCCCGAGGAGGACGUGCUGCGCCGCGACAUCUUUGACAGGCCGCCCAUCUUCACCUGGAGCAAGGGCCGCGUGGCCCUGCUGGGCGACAGCGCGCACGCCAUGCAGCCCAACCUGGGCCAGGGCGGCUGCAUGGCCAUUGAGGACGCCUACGAGCUGGCCAUCGACCUCAGCCGCGCCGUGUCCGACAAGGCCGGAAACGCGGCGGCGGUGGACGUGGAGGGCGUGCUGCGCAGCUACCAGGACAGCCGCAUUUUGCGCGUCAGCGCCAUUCACGGCAUGGCGGGCAUGGCUGCCUUCAUGGCCAGCACCUACAAGUGCUACCUGGGCGAGGGCUGGAGCAAGUGGGUUGAGGGGCUGCGCAUCCCGCACCCCGGCCGCGUGGUGGGGCGGCUGGUGAUGCUGCUCACCAUGCCCAGCGUGCUGGAGUGGGUGCUGGGCGGCAACACCGACCACGUGGCGCCGCACCGCACCAGCUACUGCUCGCUGGGCGACAAGCCCAAGGCUUUCCCCGAGAGCCGCUUCCCCGAGUUCAUGAACAACGACGCCUCCAUCAUCCGCUCCUCCCACGCCGACUGGCUGCUGGUGGCGGAGCGCGACGCCGCCACGGCCGCCGCCGCCAACGUGAACGCCGCCACCGGCAGCAGCGCCGCCGCGGCCGCCGCCGCCGACGUGAACAGCAGCUGCCAGUGCAAGGGCAUCUACAUGGCGGACUCGGCGGCCCUGGUGGGCCGCUGCGGCGCCACCUCGCGCCCCGCGCUGGCCGUGGACGACGUGCACGUCGCCGAGAGUCACGCGCAGGUCUGGCGCGGCCUCGCCGGCCUCCCCCCCUCCUCGUCGUCCGCCUCCACCGCCGCCGCCUCUGCGUCCGCCGCCUCCUCUGCCGCCAGCGGCACCGCCAGCACCCUGGGCAGCUCGGAGGGCUACUGGCUCCGCGACCUGGGCAGCGGCCGCGGCACCUGGGUCAACGGCAAGCGCCUGCCCGACGGCGCCACGGUGCAGCUGUGGCCCGGCGACGCGGUGGAGUUCGGCCGGCACCCCAGCCACGAGGUGUUCAAGGUGAAGAUGCAGCACGUGACGCUGCGCAGCGACGAGCUCAGCGGCCAGGCCUACACCACGCUCAUGGUGGGCAAGAUCCGGAACAACGACUACGUCAUGCCCGAGUCGCGGCCGGACGGCGGCAGCCAGCAGCCGGGCCGCCUGGUGACGGCUUAAGCGGCGCCGUGCGUAAGGGCCGGCUUACGGGGGCGGCAGUGUCGCUGUGGAGGGAUGGUCUGGGGUGGGAGGAAUGGGAGGAGAGCGGCGGGAGCCCGAGGAGCGGAGCGCUGGAGGCUUGCGGAGCGGCAGCUUGGGAAGAGCUGCGGAGAGAGGAAGGAGCGCAGGGCGCUUGGAGCACGCGCCAGAUUACGAUCACGGCAGCGCGAGGCGCGCGUCUGACUUCGAAGUGGUAAGGAAGAUUUCAUGUAUGAUUGCGUCGAGGGACACCGCAAGUUUUACGCGCGGCGGAGGGAGCCUUGGGGCAUACAACAGUACGAGCGGGCGUUGGUGAGAAGGUGGUCACUCCGUAUGAGAAGAUGGUUACUCCGUACCUUCGUGAGAAGCUGCUGCGCACAAGUUACGAACCUAUCUGUGUGGAGAGCCCGGUAGUAUAUCAGGGGCGAGGGUCAUGAACGCGAGUGGCGAGUCUGUGAGCGCCAAUUUGUUAUGCGGCAUAAUUUCGCAUCGGGGUAUUACGUCUACAAAAUGUUGAGCUGGCUUAGCGCAGGAGGCAACACCUCAGGCAGAAUGUACGAAUGUGUGCAGAAGGGCAGAGUCAAGGCAGAGGCGGAGAAGUUGUCAGGGCUGUGUGUGGUUUGGUCAGGGCGUGGCUAGAUGGAUAUGAGACCCGCCGCCGUCUCCAGAUUGUGGCGGAGGUGGAACUCUCGGCCCCCGCGCCAGUCCCCGCGGCCAGCGCAUCCCGCCAUGCGGGUUGUUGGCUGGUGCAUCGCGCGGGGUGUGCUAUGAGUGUGGAAACACUAUGUCGCGUGUCGUGCUGAGGUCUGUUGAGAGGUUUCGUCGUUUGUGCAUGUCCUGUCCCGGUUGGAGUUUGAGCGAGGUGGUUCAAAGUUUUUGGAUCGCGUGGGAGAGACUGAAACGGUUUGGUGAGAAUGGUUGAGACAGAGGUUGGGCUUGGAAACUGGAGGAGAGGAGCAGCGUAACUCGAGGACGAUGCAGUAGAUGCACCACAACAGUUGUGGUGGGCGCCUGGAGUAACACGCGUGCCACCAACACGCAAUUACAGAGAUCCGUCAUACAGGAGGGAUCAUAUGCGAUUUAAUUUUGGUUUUGCAUUUGUAAGACGUUUUCACA